AUGAAGGAAGGUGCCAAGUUUCAUACUGUGAAAUCGAUUGAUCGAGUAAUAUCUGCUGAAAUACCAGACAAGGAUGAUGAUCCUCACUUAUACGAUGUUGUGAAGGAUAUGAUGAUUCACGGCCCAUGUGGAGCAAUAAACAAAAACUCACCUUGCAUGGUUGAUGGUAAGUGUUCAAAAAGAUUUCCGAAGCCAACAUGCGAACACACAUCUAUCGAUGACCAAGGAUAUCUGCAUUACAGAAGAAGGAAUACCGGUGCUUUUGUUGAGAAGAAAGGAUUCAAGUGUGACAAUGGAUUUGUUGUGCCGUACAACGAAGGUUUAUCAAAGAAGUAUAGGGCUCAUAUCAACGUUGAAUGGUGUAACCAAUCGAGAUGUAUAAAAUACUUAUUCAAGUAUAUCAACAAGGGUCAAGAUCGUGUUCUGGCAACCAUUCAGAAGAAGAACAAGCCAAACAGAGACGCCGUUGCUGGAAAUAAUGAUGGAGGAAGCUUAGAGAAGCAAGAUGAUGAGAUUAAAGCGUUUUUUGAUUGCAGAUACGUUUCCGCUUGCGAAGCUGCUUGGCGUAUAUUAGCAUAUCCAAUACACUACCGAAGUCUUCCGGUUGAAAAGCUUAAUUUCCAUCUCGAGGGCGAGCAGAAUGUGACGUAUGAAGACGACGACGAUGUGGAAGCAAUUCUAAACCGUCCCUCUGCCAAGAUGUCGAUGUUUUUGCUUUCUUCGAGGCAUGUAAAAAGUAUCCCCAGGCGAAAGAUCUAA